AUGCGCCCCUGGGGCCCCCCAGGGGGCCCCCCCGGGGGCCCCCCAGGGAGCCGCGCCUAUGCUGCUAUGGGGCCCGCGCGGAACAGCAGCAGCAGCAGCAGCAGCAGCAGCUCGCAUGCAGGCAGCAGCAGCAGCAUGGACGUGGAGGACCUCGGGGGGAAACUGCCGCAGCAGCGGCGGCAGCGCGAAGCUGCAGCAGCAGCGGAAGCGGCCGCAGAAGCCGCCGCCGCGGCAGCAGAAGCAGAAGCUGCAGCAGCAGCAGCAGCAGCAGCAGCAGAAGCUGCAGCAGAAGCAAGCAGCAGCAGCAGCAGCGCAGCAAGCCGCCCCAGCAGCCUGGAGUCCCGCUUCGGAGUGGAGGUUUGGCAAGGCGGGGGCCGGCGUGUGGGGUAUCUCUACAACAUCAGCCAAACCUCUGUUGCUGUUGCUGCCAGCAGGGAGCAGCAGCAAACCUUCUCAGGGAUUAAUUUGUACUUCAUAAGUCAAGAAGGCUGUGUCUUUCGCAGCACUUUGCUGCACCGGCCCCACUUCUGUGUGGCGCUGCAGCGCCGCGACGCAGCAGCUUGGGAGCAGGUCGUGGAGGCCCUUGCCCAGAAGCUCAGCAAACACAACGUCAGCAGCAGCAGCAGCAGCAGCAGCAGCAGCAGCAGCAGCAGCAGUAGCAGCAGCAGGAGCGGCGGCGGCGGCAGUGGUAACGCUUUUGGGGUUUUGAAUCGAAAAAGGGACUUUUUGAAACUUUCUUUUCCAACUGUCAAAGACCUCGUGGACGCCAGACUCGAAAUACACAAAAUCCUUCGGGAAAGCGCGCGGGAGAAAGGGAAGAGGGAGCUGCUGCACCGGCGGCGGUUUGUGGCUGAGGGCGAGGAGACAGAAGGAGACACUGCAGCAGCAGCAGCAGCAGCAGCAGCAGCAGCAGAUGGCAGCAGCAGAGACAGAGACCCCCAAGAAGACGCUUUGGGCCUCAUUGAUGAUCUCUACGAGGCGGAUGUCCUCUACAUCACCAGAUGCUGCAUCGACUUGGACAUUCGCUGCGGGCGAUGGUAUUCCAUUUCGCGGCAAAAGCCGGACGUCACAGAGCCUCUAAAGCUGGAGGCUUUGGAGGACUUGUCUGCUGCUGCUGGUUUGUCGGUGCUGGCGUUCGACAUUGAGUGUUUCAAGCUGCCGCUGCAGUUCCCGGAAGCAGCAAGAGACCCUUUGCUGCUGCUGUCUCUGGUCUGCAACGGGCAAGGUUAUUUGCUGCUGAACUGCUGCUGCGUUGCUGCUGCUGCUCCUUGCUUCGGCUUCGCCCCCCGCCCCGAACUCCGCGGCCCCGGGGACUUCGUCGUUUUUAAUGAACUUUCCGAAAAACUUCUUCUCCAAAGAUUCCUCUGUCUCCUUCUCAAACUCAAACCCCACAUUCUCGUCACUUACAACGGAGACGACUUCGACCUCCCUUACCUCAUCAAACGCGCCCAAGUGCUGGGCGUCGACUUUCUGGGGACUUUAGGGCUGCAGCAAAAAGAGCUGGGAGGCCCCGUAGUUGGAAUAGGGCCUUUAAUUCAUUUAGACGCUUUCAAGUGGGUAGAAAGGGACUCUUACUUGCCCCAGGGUUCUCGAACACUGAAGACAGUUUGCAAAGCCAAACUUGGAUUUAAUCCCGUCGAAGUCGACCCCGAAGACAUGGCGAGUCUUUUCCACCCUUUUAGGGGCGCGGGAAACACCCCCGCGUUGGUGAACAGUUUGUUGACUUCGCUGUGCAACAUUUCGCCCUUCUUUAGGGUUUAG